UAAUUUCUCAAUACAAACAUACUCCGUAUGAACUACAACUAGGGAGUGUUAUUCUAGUGAGAGAAUAAUCUCUCAGCUCCAUUGUAAAGUCUCCACAACUAUCUCUCUGUGACCUUUUUUUUCUCCGCUGUAAGUUCUAGCGAUUUAUGUAUGUUAAAAUUUGUAUUUCUUGAAUCUUGUUUAGUGAAGUGAACAAAUAUCAGUUCCAUUGUUGCUUGGCCUAUAAAUAAAUAAAUAAAUGUGGUUACUGCUUACAAGAUUCUGAAGGGCAAGGAGGUGUUAUUGGAUAUUUGUAUAAAAGAAAUUGGAAAAAUGUUGGGUUCACAGAUGUAUGAGAAAAGCAGAAAAUUUGGGUGGAUUUUGAGGUCAAAUCUCAUGGUUCAGUGGUGGUUCAAGCUGUUGAUUUUAGGGGUUUUUCUUGGAAUCUUGAUUGUAUGGAAUACUGAUGGCUUGAGUUUUCAUCUGGGGGCUUUGCAGAAAGAUUUUUCUGUUCUGAAACUCAGUAAUAGGUCUGCUAGCUUCAUACCCACCUUCAAAGAUUUUACCUUUACCAAUGUUUCUCUGUUGCCCCUUUCUCCUCCUUCAAAUCUCACCCAAACUUUUGAGAAUCUAACUCACCCCCAGGAUAAUUUGGGUCCUCAAAUCUCCAAUUUAACUGGAAAAAAUGAAAGCUUGGUCUUGACUGUGAAGAAAGAUGAAGCUUUAUUAGCAGAGCCUAGUCUGAGCUGGAUAUCUGCUGGAUUAGAGGCAAACUAUUCUUCAAAUCUUCUUCAAAGAUGGAAGAUGGAUUCAAGCGGCGAGCCAUGUCGGCAAUCAAAAACUGCGGAUAUAUCAAUUCCGGGUCUGGAUGGUAGAACGGAAACGGGUAUUGAAUUGUCAACCGGGUACAUUCAUGAUUUCAUCUUCCAGGCUUUGGACGAGUCAGGUAAGCCGCACUGUUUAGGUGGCGAUUAUUUCGAGACCGACCUUUCCGGCGAGAAGUGGAAGUCCCGGCCGCCGAUCAAGGAUUUCGGCAAUGGAACAUACAGAUUUUCCCUCCAAAUCCACCCGGAUUUCUCGGGGGAUUACAAUCUCACCAUAAUCCUCUUAUUCCAGCAUUACGAGGGGUUGAAAUUCUCUCCUCAGAGAUUCGCAAUCGAUAAGGUUCUCCGGGUAAUCCCGGUCAAGUUCAAAACCGAUAAACCCGCGGCGGAGUUACCCGAAUUGUCGUGGUGCGGUAAAUCCGAUUUCGGAUCCCGGGUUGUUUGGUCCGGGCGGUGGACCCGGCACGCCAAGAAUGACAGCUGUCCGAUUAGCCACAGUGGACGGUUCAGAUGCCAAGACCCGAACUUUCCCUGCCAAAAACCUUGGUGCGAUGGCCCGCUAGGCUCGUUGGAGAGCAACGGGUGGGUUUAUUCGACCCAUUGUUCGUUCAAAUUAUAUUCGGGUCAAGAUGCGUGGAAUUGUCUUAGCAACAGAUGGAUCUUCUGGUGGGGCGAUUCGAAUCACGUUGAUACCAUUCGAAACAUGCUGAACUUCAUUCUAGGGUUUGACAUGAAAUCCAUCCCAAGAAGGUAUGAUAUGAACAUAACUAACCCUAAAAAUCCAUCACAAACAGUCCGAUUCACGAGCAUUUUCAACGGCCACCACAACGAAACCGCGAACUACCUCGGGUUAAAUUCAUUAUCUAAUUCGGAUUACAGGGAACUUUUAAAGAGUUAUUUCGCCGGAAAUGUGGUUCCAGACACUAUAAUCAUGAAUUCGGGUUUACACGACGGGGUGUACUGGCGGAAUCUGAGGUCCUUCAUCGAUGGUGCUAAUUACGCGUGUGCGUUUUGGGGUGAGGUACUGGAAGGGGUGAAGAGUAGAGGAUUGGUCCCGCCGGAGAUAAUAUACCGGACGACGAUAACGACCGGGGGAUACGCGAGACGGCUGGCAUUUAAUCCUCACAAAAUGGAGGCGUUCAAUGGGGUGGUGCUGGAUAAGUUGCAGGCAAAAGGCUUGUUGAAGGGGGUGAUAGAUGAUUUUGACAUGACGUAUGCGUGGCACUACGACAACCGGUGCAACGACGGGGUGCACUACGGCCGUGCCCCGCAGAAUUUCCGGUGGCGGGACGGGCAGAUCGGGCACCAAUACUUUGUAGAUUUGAUGCUAUGCCACGUACUCCUCAACUCCCUCUGUGCAAAAUAACAUCAGGUCUAGGCUUUGUUAAUAGGACGGUUGAUCUGAUUGAAUGUAGCUGGCCUUUUGUCUUCAUUUUUGAAUGGAAAGGAAAGCUGGCAUUGUCUAUUCUUUGUUGACUUAUUAUUGCAAUUGUCUAAUUGCGCGUAUUUGCCUGAUGAGGUUUGGCAAAAACUGUGUAAAGUGAACAGAUACAAACUACAAAGGUAGUGCACGGAUGUGUAAGGAAGAAGUAAACUUUGUUUCGAAAACUCUACGAAAAUGAUUCGGAAACUCUUAAAACACUUGUUCUUUUAUUGAAAUCGAUGUAUCCCGUUUCACGCUUCUCCUUAUUUCCCGCGUUUGAGUGCAAAACAGAAUGUCGAGUAGGGGUAUUAAAAUGUCUUCUUCACCACUGUUUUUGUGCUUAGAAAAAUGUCGGUUAGCAUUGUUCAUGUUUGCUACACGUUAAUGGUGUGGGAUUUGAGAACCCUUCAGCCUCUGUAGGGAGUAGGGACAGCAGCUGGGGACGUAUACUUCUAUGGCUGGUUUCUAUGAUCUAUUCUAUUGAGUUGACUCUAUUAGUUAAUUCAUAUUCUCUUCUUUGUAACUUUGUCAAAGAGAAACAAUUGCUUAAUUUAAGUCUUUUAAUUAAGA